AUGUCUUCUGGUCCUGAUCUCUGGAACCCUGACCGUGACAGCGAUGCCUGGCUGAUGCUGGUAGAGGUUUGCGUGAAGUACAACGUUGACCCUGAUGUAAGCGACGCCUUCAGCACAUCCUACGAACCGACAAUCUUCACCGUCUACGCCGCCAACCGAAGAAUCAAGAUGUCCACCUCGAAGGUCAAGGCCGGAGCCCUCUGGGGCAAGAGCAAGGAGGAUCUGCUCAAGCAGUUGGGCGAGCUCAAGACCGACCUUGGUCAGCUCAGAAUCCAGAAGAUCAACUCCUCCGGUGCCAAGUUGAACAGAAUCCACGACAUCCGCAAGUCCAUCGCCCGCGUUCUCACCGUCAUCAACCUCAAGCAGCGCUCCCAGCUCCGCCUCUUCUACAAGAACAAGAAGUACUUGCCCUUGGAUUUGCGCCCCAAGCAGACUCGCGCAAUCCGAAGACGCUUGUCUCCUGCCGAGGCCGGCCAGGUUCUUGAGAAGACGAAGAAGCACAGCACCCACUUCCCUCAACGCAAGUACGCUGUCAAGGCCAACUAA